CUUCCAGCAGGGGAACUUUGGCCUGAAUAAAACUACAGAGGGGCGAAUGCUGGAGGCUGUGGGAGGUGAGUGUCCCCGGCCAGACUGGGGGCUGCCUGACCCUCGGGUGCCCACUGAUCCCUUUCUCCGCUUCUGCCUCCCCAGGGACUGCUGAUUGCAGCUGGAAGUGUCCAUGACGGAGCUGGCGUCCUCCGGGGGCGGGUCCCCUGCGGGGGACGGGGAGGAGGGUCUUGGGGACGAGCGAGGCCUGGUCAUCCACCACCCUGCAGAGGAGCAGCCCCACCGCUGCCCGCUGUGUGGCCAGACCUUCUCGCAGCUGCCCAGCCUGGUGCGGCACCAGAAGGCGCACGCCGGGGCGGGUCGCACGGCCGCCUUCGUGUGCCCCGAGUGCGGCAAGGCUUUCAGCGUCAAGCACAACCUCGAGAUGCGGAGUGGGCAGGACCUUAUGACUCUGAAGGUACAGGGCACAUCUGGGCACAGAGACCAGGAAUGGGGUUCCACAGGGCUUGACUGGCACCACACCCUGGCAUGAGGACACAUCCCCUAAGCAGACCUGCCUUGGGAGGUGCCCUGCAGUGGCCUGUGGAGGUGACAGGAUGGAGCUUGGAAUUGGAGGCAGAUUCUGAGCCCUGUGGACAAACUCGCCAGGCCUGGUGGGAAUCACAGCUGGGGAAGACCUCAUCCUGGCUACCUGGCCAUGGGUCUCAACUCUCUGGUGGCAGGGACGACGCCUGUGUGGAGAGCUGGCUUCUCUCCUCCUGCUUGCCCACCACUUGGCUGAAGUUCAGAGACAUGAAGUGACUGGUCUAAGCUAACACAGCAAGUCAGUGGCAGUCCUGGCUCUGAAGGCAAAACUUUGCCCUAGAUGCGAAUGACACCGGCAGGCAGUGGUUCUUUCCUUUCUGAGCAGUGGUUCUUAACACUUUGGGGUCAUGAAGCCCUUUGAAAAUCUGAUGGUUAUGGACUUGCCCCCCACCCCCACCCCAGGAAAACAGACAUACUCACAUAGACUCAAAAAUCCCACGCAAUUUCAAGAACCCCUGGACUCCCUGGAUGAAACCUGUCCGCUGACUCCAGACUGAGAACCUCAGCCCUGGGGGCUUCGCCUGCUGCCCUUUCCUUGUCUGUCACUCAUGGAGCCCUAAGGCGAGGCCGCUGUGCUAGUAAUGUUCCUCCUCCCCCAGCCAAGCCGCCUCCUUCCCUCGUCCAGGAGCAAAGAAUUCUGGGGAGGGGACCCUUUUAGUCAGUCCCUUCCUCCAGACCUGACAAAUGAUGCAUCAGGGUCUGAAGCCUAAUUUCCCUUCCCCAGAUGCAGUGGAGUUUCCUGUGCUGGCUUUGCUCUUCUGGUUUUUGUGUUUCUAACCGGCUGCUGGUUUUCACAAAGGAGCCCUUUGCUCCUGCCCUGGGCUCUGAUUUCUGUGUGAGGCCCUGCGGGGAGCUGGGCUGCUGUGCGUGCUGGCCCGUGAGUUUGGUCUGAGUCUGCCCCAGGGAGAAGAAAUGCUGCUUCCACCAGCCAAGCCCAGACAGCGGUGCCUCCUGUCCGACCAGGUGUUCGCCCAGCCAGGUAUCAUGUGGGAACACUGGGGAGGAAGAGGAUGAGAGCCUCACUCCAGGUGCCCGCGGCUCUGGGCAGGGGGUGAGCCCAGUGCAGUGGCUUUCUGUGUGCUCCCCACCUGUGGCGGUAAGAACAGAGCCCAGGCUCGGGCUGGCAGCAGGGCGGGGAUUCCUCCCGUCUUCACACCUGAGCAGGUCGGCCUGGAGCCCACAGGUGCUCACCUGCUGCCCCAGAGUGAGCUGCCCGUCAGAAGAGGCCAAAACAGCCAGGGCUGGGAUGGGUUUUGGUCAGGGUUGUGAAUUCCUGUCCUGGGGUGUUGCUUGUCAUAUCUUCAAUGCAGUUUGGCCCAUAGGUCCUUACUGACCACCUACCCUGUGCCGUGCCCCGGGCGCCAUAACAGAAUGCUCAGGGACAUUGGAGAAAGAGAAGGCACUGAACGCCUAGGAGCUUCCACUCUGGGGAACCCUGGCCAACCUAGAGAAAACCUCUACAACACACACCGUCUCUGCUAACUGUCCAGCUUGUGUGCUCCCUGCCUGUGACUGUGCUGUGCUCAUUCCUGCCUCCGUACCUUCCCCUGUAUUGCUCUGAAAUGUCCCCCUUUCUCUCCACCCUGCUAAGCCCUUAUCUGCCAGGGCCCAGCUUCCCGAACCACGGAGUCCAUGUUCCUCCUUCUCAGCACAGUAUGUGUAUUAACACACCAUCUUCUCCUCCCCCUAGAGUAUUAUGUGCUGUCUUCACUUACGCUCCAGUUUCCUCUGUGUGUGUGUGUGUGUGUGUGUGUGUCUGUGUGUCUGUCUUGUCUUGAUCCCCAACUAGACUGUGAACUCCAUGAGGACAAGGGACUGUGUCAUUUCUUCUUGAACCCCAACAGGGUCUAGCAUAGGGCUGGGCUCAUAACUCUCAGGAAACACUUGUCGACUGACUGAUGGAUCAAGUGCCGGAGGUUGUGGGGUGGCCGGUCCUGAGAGGUGUGCAAGGGAAGAGGGGAUGUGAGUUAACCAGUGGGUGCAUUUAACUGGGCGGUGGGCUGGCUCCCCUGGGUCAAUAAUGGGCGUCAGAGGCCUCAGGUCCUUCCCUACUUGGGGCAGUGGGAGCUGGGGGGACCCCCCAUGGCUGUGCACGUACACAUACAGGCUUGUCCAGGCUGGGUAUUUGUGUAGGUCGCUGACACCUGCCGGAGCUGACCAAGUAGAAUAAAUGUUCU